AUUCUGUAGUUUCCUAUAUCUAGAGCCCUAUAUUGCAAAUCAUAUAUAUGCGCCUGUAUGUAUGUCUGCAUAUUAAGUUAACACCAUCGUGAUGGUAUUGAUAGGGUACACAAACCGACUAUAUUAGCUUCAAAUUUCCUUUUUUGGCUUGCCGAUUCUCUUCACUCCCCUCCCCCGGCUUCGCGGAGAACUCUGAAAGGGGUUUUCUCCCAUGAGUGCCCACAGUCUUCUUCCCUCCGCAGCAAAUUCCCAUCUUCCCAUUAAUCCUCCCAUCGGCGGAGUGUUCGACAGUUUUUGUCUUUUCGUAGAAGGUUUUGAGCAACCUUCGCGGGUUCAUUAGGGUUUGGAGAACAUCGCGAUUUUAGUUGAGUUUGUUUUUGUUUUCUUUGGGGUUUUUUUAUUAUUGUAGAUAUAGGGGUUGGUUAGGGUUUUGUUAAUCGGAGAUGGGGAGCGUGGAUCGGGUCGGUGAUCGGACAUUCAAGCCUAACUUCACGGUUGAUGGUGCGUUGAAGCUGAGGGAAAAAGUGAACGAGAAGCUGAAGGAAUUCAUGGGGGAUUACACUGAUGACACUCUUGUGGAUUAUGUUAUUGUUUUAUUGAGGAAUGGCAGGCAAAAAGAACAAGCAAAGAAUGAAUUGAAUGUUUUCCUGGGGGAUGAUAGCGAUUCUUUUGUAUCCUGGCUUUGGGAUCAUCUGACUCUGAAUAUAGAUUUGUAUGUACAACCUAAAGAAGGGCAGGAUGGGGCUCCCAAAAAAAUCAUAUCGGAGGUCCAAGCUAGUGUUGAUGACGCUCAGCAUUUAAAUUCAGAGUCCGACAGAGGAAAGUCUCAUAAGUUAUCUAGAAGACGGCACAACAAAGAUUGGAAAGGAUUAGGGAGGGAGGAAACUGAGCCACCUACCCUACGCAGCUCUGUGGUUGACAAUUCUCAUUCGGAUGAAAAAACCCGAACAGAAGCUGACCAUCAUCCAAAGUCACCACCUUCACCUCUAGUUCGGAGGAAGAGAGGCCAUCCAGAUGAGCAAAAGACAAAGAGGGAUGCAAUAUCACAAGCAACCAUCAAUGCACCUCGGCGGCUACUUCAGUUUGCUGUACGAGAUGCUGUGGCUACUUCAAGGCCAUCUAAUUCUGGCCCAUCUGUGGAGCCCUCCUUGAAGCGUCUUCGUUCUGUAGUCUCUACAUCCUCUGCUGAUUCAUCUUUAGCUGAACGUCCUCAAAGGUUACAGCCUAUUCCUAGGGUGUCAAAUCCCAUGUCCACGGUGAUUAAAGCUGUGGCAGAAGCUGCUGAAGAUGUGAUGAAAUUUAAAUCCUCAGGCAGUGUGUUUGAUCGACUUGGCCGUGGUACGGAUCCAUCAGAUGGUAGCUGCCAACUUGAAGAUGAUUAUCAAAUUCAGGAGCAAAACCAAGCAAUUUAUCUUCAAAGAACUGACUACAGUGGUCAGUAUGCCACAAGUAAUACUAUGUUGGAAGAUGAAGCUGAUUUUCCUUUUGAUCAUACUUCAGAUAACGAAGAGUAUAAUGAUGUGAAUGCCAUGGGUCAUAGGGGGGUUGGUGCUUUGCAGCUUGCCUCCUCUGGUGGAAACACGGGUGAUAAUUCAUCCAUGGUGCAGUAUGGUGUUGCUAAAAACACUGAUCAUAAUAUGUAUCUUAAGCAGAAUAGAGGUCAUGAGCAACCUGCUGCACCUAACACGUCCCAUGAGAUAGUGAAUAUUUCUGUAAAUGUAAAUACUUGGAAGUCACCACAAUAUCAGGAACCAAGAGAGGUUGCAGAAAUAGAUGGUCUUAAAACUAGAGACUCUGAGGCAGGGACUCCCAGAUCUUGCCAUCAACUGAUGAAGGCCAAGGCCAGCACUCUGAAAGUUAGUAAUGGGAACGCCAACACUGCUUUCAAUGUUCAAAAAGAAUCUCAGAAGACGCACGUAUCUGCUUCUGGUUCGGGUGCUGCUGGUCGUCCUUUGGAGGAUGCUGAUUCCCGAACCAUUUUUGUUGGCAAUGUUCAUUUUGCUGCCACCAAAGACAGCUUAUCUCGCCAUUUUAAUAAAUUUGGGGACGUGCUAAAAGUGGUCAUACUUGUUGAUGCCGCAACAGGGCAACCCAAAGGGUCAGCUUAUGUGGAGUUCAUGCGAAAAGAAUCAGCAGAGAAUGCAUUAUCUCUGGAUGGCACAUCUUUCAUGUCACGGAUUCUUAAGGUUGUGAAGAAAGGUGCUGCGCCACAAGAAUCCACUCCAACAAUAGCAUGGCCACGUGGAGUUCGGGGAUCUUCAUUUCCCACUGCUAGGUUUUCAAGAGCUCCCUUUCCGAGAGGCAGUCCUGGUGCAUUCUGGUCUCGGCCUCCAAUGAGAAUUGGGGCCAGGAGCAUGCAAUGGAAGCGAGAUGCUCAGGGCCCUAAUCAGCCUGACAAUGGUGCUUCUUUCAAUACCAGCAGCACUGCUGUGCCUGCUGCGCUGCGCGUGGUCUUACCUAUGUAAGAACAGAGUCGAAGCCAGAAAGUGGCUAGGGUAGAAUGUAAGAUCAACUUUGGGGUGAUGUUGCCUUGGAGGGAAUGAAUGCUGGGCAAAAUUUUUUGCAGAGGAAAGGAGUUUUCAUCCACCAACAUAUGGAGUCAUCUGGCUUACUUUAUGGAACAUUCUCGUAAAUGCACUUUAAUGAUGCGUAUAAAUAUCGCUGGUUGAUAAAAUUAUUCAUUGCAGGGGCGUGACUUUUUGAUGGAAUGAAGAUGAGAAGAAUGUAAUGGAAAUAGUUAGGAUCUUGAUAUCCAUUUUUCCUCCCAAUAUUGUCCAUAGAGUUGAAUUAAAAUUUGUGGAUAGGAUGGCCUUAAAUGGUCCGUUUUGGGACAAUCUGUUUUGGUUUUCCACUUGGGAUUAAUUUUGAUUUAUAAAUAAAGAAGGUAGAAAAUGAUGGAAAAAAAGGUAAAAGAUGAAUUGCACGCGCACUGUCCCAUACUCUGCCCAUAGAUUUAUUUACAUGUUUACAUAUUUGGUAAA